CGUAUAAUUUACUGGACGGGUCGCUUCUUCUGGAACAACAACGCGGCUACUCUUUCAACCGCCUCGGUAGCUUGCUAGCCAACAUAAAACUGAAAGAUUGACGCUUUAGACCACGUUUAUGUACAUUAGCUAAUCUCACUGUUGUAAACACAAUUCUGUAGACGUAUUAACUGGUUAACUUUAACCUAAUUUGCUUGUUCAAUUUGCAAACUUGUUAAAGAUUGAUGCUGAGCCUAGCACUAGGCUAGUCGCUAAUGCUAACUAGCUAGCUAACAUCCCCGACCAUGAGUUCACUAAACUACUCCUCCCCUGCUAAAGAAGAGGAGGUCUGCUGGACGGAGAAAGAAGCUCUGGCGCUGAACAUUGUCGUGAAAGAAGAAGAGGAGGGUAUUACAGUGAAAGGAGAGAAAGAACCUUUCAGAAUGAAAAAGGAGGAAGAAGAGGCUGUUAUAGUGAAGGAAGAAGAGGCUGUUAUAGUGAAGGAAGAAGAGGCUGUUAUAGUGAAGGAAGAAGAGGCUGUUAUAGUGAAGGAAGAAAAGGCUUUUAUAGUGAAGGAAGAAGAGGCUGUUAUAGUGAAGGAAGAAGAGGCUGUUAUAGUGAAGGAAGAAGAGGCUGUUAUAGUGAAGGAAGAAAAGGCUGUUAUAGUGAAGGAAGAAGAGGCUGUUAUAGUGAAGGAAGAAGAGAAAGAACCUUUCAGAAUGAAAAAGGAGGAAGAGGAGGCUGUUAUAGUGAUAGAAGAGAAAGCACCUUUUAGAGAGGAAGAAGAGGCUAUCUCAAUAAAGGUGAAGGAAGAAGACGUUUUGGGAGUGAAAGAGGAGGAGACAGAAGAUCAGAUUAACACCACAGGAGAGAGACAUGACUAUUGUGGAUCCUCUGGGGAGCCUCAACAACAUCCUGAUGCUGACGAGUCAGAGAAGAGUCUCUCCAGAUCAGAACACCAGAUGGACAACGCUAGCCCUUCCUCCCUCCUGGAGUCCCCGUGUCAUGCCUCUCCCGGUAGCACCUUACUGCUUGGUAUGAAGAGGUUGUCUGUGCUGCUGGUGGACUGCAGGAAAACAACAGGGCUGAGUGGAACUGUGAGAGGAGGAGAAGAGAAGAAAGGAUCAGAUUUGACUCAUCAAAGUAA